AUGCCCAUUAAUUUCAACGACAUAUGCAUCCUGUUGGAGGGCGUUGAACAGAUCUCGCUCCACCAGCCGCGAUACACCCCACGGAAGGAGAAGGAACGCAUCCAGGACAGUGUAUCCAAAUGGUUCAUCCGUCAUCGGCGAGAUCUCGAUAGCCCGGCUACCAAUGGCAGUGCAGUACUGUCGGCAAUAUUCCCUCAACGACGAAAGGAUCGAGUCUAUGGCAUGCAGCCCCCUUUGCUGUCAAAGAAGAUCACAGCGUUGCUCCACUUCAAUCAUAUCCAGCGAACGCUUUUCGACAAAUGGCCGAGCGGAUUGCAUGGCGAUCUCGGCGUGUACAUGGCGCGAGCGAUAAGACCUUGGGAUGGCACCUUCAAGAGGAAGCGUCCCAUCCCAAUCGAAAGAGUCGACACUCUGUUGACGCAGUUGGCGGCAAAAUAUCGAUUCUCUGAUACGGCAAUUCAGCAGCGACGCGACCAGCACAAAAACACCGAUAUCGAGCUGAAGUAUAUCCUCGACCGACUCGAGUCACAGGAGGCAAAAUGGUUUGUGCGACUCAUCCUGAGAGAGUAUCCUACGAUUGAACUCGAUGAGUCUUUCGUGUUUGAGCGAUACCAUUUCCUCCUUCCCGAUCUGCUCAAGUUUCAGAACGACUUCGAGGCCGCAUUCGGGAUGCUGAGGGGAGAACUAAGUCGCUAUCCACCUGUUCCGGAAUCACCCCUCGAGAAGACGCUGCGGAUAGAAGCCGCCAAGCAACUGAAAGCUGUUGUUGGCGUCAAAGUUGGCCGUCCGACGUUUCAUAAAGCUUGGUCAUUCAAGUAUUGCUUUCAGUUACUAGGCAGUCAGACCUGGGCUGCUGAAGUCAAAUAUGAUGGCGAAUACUGUGAGAUCCACGUCGAUUUGGACAAUGCUCCAAAUGAUAUCAAAAUCUUCUCCAAGAACGGCAAAGAUGCGACAAGGGAUCGCGAAGCUCUUCAUAGUAUUAUUCGAAACGCUCUUCGUAUCGGACGCGCGGACUGCAUGUUCAAACGCAAGUGCAUUGUCCUAGGAGAAAUGGUUCUGUACAGCGACAAAGAAAAGAAGAUCCUUUCAUUCUCUAAGAUCCGGAAGCACAUCUCAAGAUCCGGAUCGUUCAUGGGGACGCUGCAGGACUCACUACCACACGAGUGGGAGCAUUUGAUGAUAGCAUUCUUUGACGUCCUAAUGCUCGACAACGAUCCGACCAUGCGCAUGUGUCUUCAGGACCGACGACAGAUUCUCCGAAACCUUGUACGAAUCAUUCCAGGGCGAUCCCAGCGCUCCGAGUGGACCCUUCUCGACUUUAAGACUGAGCAUGGCGUCACUGACCUGAAGCAAGCUUUUGCCAGAACGCUUGCUUACCGCCAAGAGGGGCUAGUACUGAAGCCUCUCCAUGCUCCUUACUUUCCAUUACUUGCCCAAGUAGGGCAUCGCCAGCCGGGCUACUUCAUCAAGCUAAAGAAAGACUAUCUCGGCGACAUGGGCGGCGAACGAGAUCUAGGGGAUUUCGCCAUCGUUGGCGCGCGCUUUGACGCACAGGUGGCUCCGAGGACGGAUCUGAAGCCACUACACUGGACACAUUUCUACCUCGGAUGCACAAGCAACAAGUCUGCCGUGCAGAGAUCCGGAGCAAAGCCGAAGUUCAAGGUGGUGGGAUGCCUCAGUCUUGAUAAAUGUAUUCCAAAGCCAGAACUUAAGCACCUGAACCUCAACGGGUAUCUCCACAAAGUCGUCCUUCACCACGACGGAUCAAUCGAAAAGUUUGAUAUUGAUCAUGGCUGCAGCUGUGACCGCCGUAUGUCCGUGGCUUUCAAGGAACCAUUCGUAGCCGAAAUCCUCGGUGGCGGUUACGAGAAGGUUCAAAACGAGACCUUCGAGAUGCUUCGGCACCCACGAAUCAAGAAGAUCCACCACGAUCGGACAUGGGAGGAUGCCGUUACCAUGGAGCACCUUGAACGGAUGGCGGAAGAGAAGUGGGAUAUCCCCGGUACUGACAAAUUAGAUGGCCACGCAAAAGACGUUUCCAUCUUCGCGAAGAUGUACGCCAAGGAGAUGGCUGAAUCCCAGGUCAGUUUGUCGGAGUACGAGACCACCCAAGAAACAACUCAACGUACGACUCCGCGCAAAACUCAGGAAACUACACCACAAACACCUAUCGAUGCUGUCAUUCAAGAAACGCAGCAGGCGACGGUGCAUGACACCUGCACGACGGCAUCAGCAACACAAUGCUCGGGCAGCACACAAGGCAUAGGCAUCCGCGCUUCGAGGGAAGUCCGCAUCCUUGUUCGCGAGGACACAUCUGAACGACAGGUAACUUCUGCCUCCGCGCAACCGCAAGGAAACAUAGCCUUAUUGCCUACUCCGGCCUCGACCUCGCGGGACGGCAUCCCUUCCACGGGCGAAAAGCGGAGUUUAACAGACGACAUGAUUAGUCCUCCAACCAGCAAUCGGAGGAGAAAGGUGCGGAGUCCACUCAAGGAUGCCGAAGGAAACCGGAAGCUGGGAGCAUUCGAGUAUGACUCCCAAGAGAAGACGAUUCAUAUCUACGCGGAGGAUGGGUGGAAGGUCGAGGUACACGCCGGACCGUAG